AUGCCUCAUUAUUUUUGUACGCAAAGUUCGAGUCCGUCCAGUCCAGGUGUAAUUUUAGGGCAUGCAAAAAGUUUAGAAAAAGCGACAGCGAAAUAUCCUAUCAACCGAGUGCUUUGCAAAGUGUAUUCCAUUCCAUCAGGAAAUAUGAGUUUUGUUCAAGAUAGUAUUUUUACGGGCCAGAUGCCUAAACGCUUAAUUGUUGCUUGUGUCGAUAAUGAUGCUUUCAACGGAAACUAUAAAAAAUCUCCCUUCGAAUUUAAGCACAAUCAUAUCAAUUUUAUUGGCAUUUACGUAGAUGGGCAACCUAUGCCUCACAAUCCUCUUCAACCUGAUUUCAUGAAUAAAACCUUUAUUCGUGCUUAUCAGAAUUUAUUUGCCAAUGCAGAAAACCGAGGAUUGUAUCUUUCGAGAUCAGAGUAUCCAGAAGGAUACUGCUUAUUUCUUUUCGAUCUAUCACCUGACUUGUGUGAUGGUUCUCACUUGAAUUUAGUCCGUCAUAGUAAUUUGAGACUGGAGGUAAAAUUCGGUUUCCCUCUGCCAAUAACAACAUCGUUAAUAGUCUAUGCAGAAUUUGAAAACUUAAUAGAAAUCAAUAAAUCUAGAAAUAUUAUCUACGAUUUUGGUAACUAA